GAGGAAGGGCUUGUCCUCACAUGUGAUUAGUGGGUGUGUGUUGUCUUUUCCCCUCAUUCAGUGCGACGUUUUAUUAAAGAUAUAAGAUGGCGUCGGUGCAUCUGAGGAUCGGGGACCUAGUGUGGGGGAAGCUUGGUCGUUACCCACCAUGGCCAGGAAAGAUAGUAAGCCCUCCCAAGGAUCUGAAAAAGCCCAGGGGCAAAAAAUGCCAUUUUGUGAAAUUCUUUGGAACUGAAGACCAUGCCUGGAUCAAAGUAGAACAGCUGAAGCCCUACCACGCCCACAAAGAGGAAAUGAUCAAGAUAAAUAAAGGAAAGCGCUUCCAGCAGGCGGUCGACGCUGUGGAAGACUUCCUAAAGAAAGCAAAGGGGAAAGAACAGAACUCAGAUGGCAAAGGAGAUUCAAAAGGAAAGAAAACACCUAACAAGCCACUGAAAAUACUGGAGGAGGAUGAUGAGGAUCUCAGUGCCCUGAAGGACCCCUCUGAGAAGGACUUAACUGACUCUGACCCCGAGCCGUCCACUAUUGAGAGGCUGGGGGCUGGACCUGGCUCAGGAUUCAAAUGGGAAAGCAGUCCUGUGAAGGAUGACCCACAUUUCCAUCACUUCCUACUCAGCCAGUCCGAGAAGCCAGCCUCAUCAAUGGAACCUAUUAGCAAGCGCCUGAAGAUCAUUGAAGAGGACACAGGGUCAACAUCUAUCCAAGCAGCAGACAGCACAGCCAUCAAUGGCAGCAUCACACCCACAGAUAAAAGGAUAGGGUUCCUAGGUCUGGGGCUGAUGGGUAGCGGUAUAGUUUCCAACCUGUUGAAAAUGGGUCAUGUUGUCACCGUGUGGAACCGCACAGCAGAAAAGUGUGACCUGUUCAUCCAGGAGGGUGCCAGGUUAGGCCGGACUCCUGCAGAGGUGGCUUCCAUGUGCGAUAUCACUUUCUCCUGUGUCUCUGACCCAAAGGCUGCCAGGGAUUUGGUAUUGGGACCCAGUGGAGUGCUGCAGGGAAUCAGACCGGGCAAAUGCUACAUAGAGAUGUCAACUGUAGACCCAGAGACCAUCACAGAACUCUCCCAGGUGAUCACGUCGCGGGGCGGCCGUUUCCUGGAGGCUCCAGUGGCAGGAAGCCAGCAGCUCUCUAAUGAUGGAAUGCUGGUCAUCCUGGCAGCUGGUGACAGAACAGUCUACGAGGACUGCAGCAGCUGCUUCCAGGCCAUGGGCAAGACCUCCUUCUUCCUGGGUGAAGCAGGGAAUGCAGCGAGGAUGAUGCUGAUCCUCAACAUGGUGCAGGGCAGCUUUAUGGCCACCAUUGCGGAGGGGCUAACCCUGGCCCAAGCCACCGGCCAAUCACAGCAGACCUUCCUGGACAUCCUGUGCCAGGGCCAGAUGGCGAGCACCUUUGUGGACCAGAAAUGCCAAAAUAUUUUACAGGGCAACUUUAAGCCAGACUACUAUUUGAAACACAUUCAGAAGGACCUGAGGCUAGCCAUCUCCAUGGGCGACAUGGCUAACCAUCCAACCCCAAUGGCUGCAGCUGCCAAUGAGGUAUACAAGAGGGCUAAGGCACUGGACCAGUCAGACAAUGAUAUUUCUGCAGUCUACAGAGCCUACAUUCACUAGAGCGAGGUGGGACCUACCCUCUGGACCACAGUCUUUAACCCCCUAUUAUUUCUCCCUCGUCAUGUAAUGGGUUUUUUCAUUUUAAAUUCUAGACGUUUUAUUUCCUUUUGCCCCAGCGCCAGCCAUGUUACCCUGCCCACAAGUCAUGGGAUUGUAAUUUUUUUGUUAGUGCAAUGACUGUACUGGGGGAAUAUACGCUGUAAGUGUGCUCCAAGUGUGAUUGCACUUGCUGUGGGGGCGGUUUGUCUGGUUUCUGACAACUAAAAAGACGGUAGAAGUAAUGCAGGGUGUUUGGCAAGGAUGUCGGGUCCAAUGCCACUGUGAAGAGCAGGGUGUCCAGCUCAAGCCAGAGAAAUAGCUGUCAGGUUUUGUGGAUGCAUAAACCCUGAAGAAGAUUUUUUUUUUUUCAUGUGCAAAUGAUGCGUUUAUUUAAUUGAGUGUGAUCUUUGCUUUGCUUUUAAAUGUCCAGAAUUCCAUGAGAGAAAACACCAAGAACAUGCCGCUGCAUUGCCUUAAUAUUGUAACCCCUCAAGUCUUUCAAUAAUAGAUGUAUUUAUUUAUGUUUCUUUCUAGGUCUUCUUGGUGCAGUUUGGCCAUGGCUUGUUUCUGUAUUUGACAAGAUGAUUUAUGCUUUCGUUGGUGUUAAUGAUCUUUCUUGAACAGGUCAAGGACAGAGCAACAGAUGUGUUGAGGCCUUAAAAUGCAGUAAUAAUUGAUAUUUCUCAUCAAGACAUGAGAUUUCCAUGUUUGAAACCCUUCGUUCUUGUUUGGAAGAGUUCUGAUUCCCUGGACUGUGUUUUUCUUAUAUUAUGUUUUUAAUAUAUUAACUCUGAAACUAGAUAAAUCCACUUUUUGAGUAGAAUUUUAACCGAAGGUUAAGCCCCGACCUCAAUUAUGUUUGUUUUUUUUCUUCUUUUUGUUUUUCUGGUAGAGAUAAAAAGUUGUGGCUGGGUUUUGAAGGCCAAUUUUAGACUGUCGUGGGACACAAGUACAUGAUUAAAAUCCAGACCAAUGUAACCGUUUUAAGUGGGUUAGUGGUUGGAAGGUUUCAUUAGUUUCAAAAAACUGAGACUUGAAGCUGUAGGAUAGAUACAUCUUCAGCUCCACAGUCAGUCGCUGCAGUUGGAAUGUCAGUAUUGCCAAACAUCAGUCUAACCCUAAUACACACGCACACAACUCACUUAAGCAAAAUAGUUUUACAUUUCCAUAUUGCCCAUAUUGAUCAGGUCCCUAAACCAAAUGUUAACAUGGAUUUAUUUCAUACCUUGGUCUCAAACAGAUGGUCACAUGACAGGGCUGCUAUGUUGUAGAGGUCUUCACAAGUCCAUUUGGUUCUUAGUGAACGAGAGCGAGCUCACGUCUGGAACCUGACCGAUAAAUUGGCCAGCAAAUAAAAGUCAUGAGCUUCUAUCAUGGCGGAUCCAUCAUUUAUGUCUGUCCGUACAGAAAUCCCAAAGGUGUCUCCAUUCCAUCGUCUGUCCGUCAGAGCGCGCUGACAAGUUUCUUUUUCCACUGUAAAAUCCCCACGCUCACUACAUAUCUUGGUAACAAUGCUUCAAUAAACAAAUUUAAGGUAUUGUUAGAAACAAUGUGUGUUUUGUUAAAAAGCGGAUUUUAGCGGGGGGCGGGGGUUACAUCGGUAUCUGCUUCAAAAAUUCAGUACCAGUCGUUUUCAGUCUCACCCGGUCAGCUGGGGUCCCAUUGUGUUAAUGCAGAUCUGAAGUCUGUGUGUCAGUAUGUAAUACCCGAGCGGAUCGACGCGGACUCUUCUCCGCUCUGAUGGCUUAUGAUCGGAAAGUGUGGACUGCAGUGCAGGAAGAAUGGCACGCAUUGAUGCUGUCUUCCAGUGUAUUUGCUUGUUUAUUCUGGAUCAGGUCUAAUCAUCCUUGAGUCUAUACCAAUGGGGUGUCUUUAUAAAAAAUAAAAAUUAUAUAUAUAUUUUAUGCACCUCAGGUUUGGGUAGUUUUUCUAUGGGUCCAUUUUGGAUUCGGUCCAGAAUAAUGGACCUGUGAAGACCUCGACUACGUAGCUUAAAACACACAAGUACGCAAGAAACGUGGCGCAGUUGUGCAUACUCGGCCUGAGGUGUUGCGUACCUGCGAGGAUGAAACAGCUGACUUCUUAUAUCUGAGUUCUGAUAGAAGCACAAAUCGAAGAAGGCCGCUUUAAUCUGUUGGAGCGCUCUUUGUUCCACUACUAAAAACGGUUGAGCAAACACAAAGCAUCGCUUAAGGCGUCUGUGGUAGCAAGUUUUGGGCUUUUCUGCAGAGUUCAUUUUCUGUCAGAUUUGACCAACGGCUCCAUGGUGCAAGAAGGAUGUGGGUAUUAUUUUUGGGCUCUAACCUAUCACACGGUGCCAGGAAGUAAGUGCAGAAAAGGGUGCAUCAAGAGGGCAAAUCUGUUUUUCUUUUCUUUUCCUUCAAGAAGAACAUAGAAAAACGCCUCCUCAGAAGGAGCACAGCAGUAGUCGACUGUCACCAUCAUCACUUAUCAUCACUGAUAAGCUGUAGCAGCCCUGCUGUUCUCUCACUAGAGCCCCGAGAAAGAGGCCAUGAAGGCGCAGAGCUCCGAGUGCCCCGCCUCCCCUGCUGUAAAAAGACCUCAUGGUGUUUUGUUUCUUUAAGGCCUGUGGUUUUUAUCUCUUUAAACUGUAAAUGAAUUAGUUUCUCACAAAACGGAAUCAUUUUGUUGCAUGUUAAGAAUCCAACAUCCCAUUUCGAAAGAUUUUCUGAUGUUUUUAAGUUAGGUUCCCCUUACACACCAGUGUAAAGACAUGUAAAUAGCACAUUAGGUUUAGUUGGGUUUCUUUUAUAUCUACAAUAACUGGGAUUAAUGAAAAGAACUACUUUUGGUUUUGACUCUACAGAGGGACUGUCUGACAUCUUUGUGUCUUAACACUGUAGAUUGUUCAGUUCAAGUGAAAAUGGUUUAUUAAUAUGUGGCUUAUAUAAUCUGGCUUAUUAUCACAUUUAAAUGACAAUGAGUUGGAUCCCGUUAAAGGAAGGAGGGUGUUACUUUGGUUUUGGGGGAUAUUUAUGAUUUUGUGUACAUGUGGAAGUAUCAAGACUUUUGUGCUGUUUAAUAAAUCCUCUCCUGAUUACUGA